UGUCAUCAUCGUCGUUUUUGUUGAGCUUGAAUUUUUUUCUUUGAUUUUUUUUGCGCUCAUCUUUAAAAGUGUACCACGUUUCAUCAUUUUUCUUUUCAUUUGUUUUUGUUUUAUUUAUUCAACAGCAACAAGAAAUAACGACAAAGAUCAAACAUGGAAAAUAAAACUGGUUCCAAAUCUAACCUCAAUGAAUCGGUUCUCCCAUUGUUGGAUGAUGAAAUUCAUAAGGAAAAAAUUGAAUUGAAAGAAAAUUCAACACCGAAAUCUAAUGAAACGGAUGAUUUGGAUGAAAAAACGAAUGCUGAUGACAACGCUAAAGAUGCAGCCGAUGCAGCUAAAAAGAAAAAAGAAGAAGAAAAAGAACGUAAACGGCAAAAAAAAUUGGAAGAAGAAGAACGUAAAAAACAAUUAAAAUUGGAGAAACAAAAACAAAAAGAAGAAGAAAAAGAAAAGAAAAAACAACAAAAAGCCGAAAAGAAAGCUACAAUGGAUGUUGCUAAAGGUACAUCAUCUAAUGGUACCUGUUCCAAUGGUAUAUCUUCUGGCGGUAUUCUCACUAAUCGUUUGAAUCAAUUUACCGUUGGAAUUAAUCUAUUGGAUCGUGAUGAACGUUCGAUUAAUGAUCACAUCAAUGUCAGCUUUGAAGAUGUUAUUGGUGAACCAGAUGCAACACAAGGAUUUGAUGCUGCUUAUCAGCUAUCAUUUGGUCUAUUUCAAUUUGUACGUUUCUGGCUGUAUCGUAUUCUGAUGGCUAUCAUUUCAUUACCAUUGGCAUUCAUAUGGGCAUUAGUGUUUGCUUUGUUAUCAUUGAUCUCUGUAUGGAUCAUUACGCCUGGUUUUCGUGUUAUGGACAUUUUAUUUUUCUUUAUGCAUCGUGUUUGGGCCUGUUUGGUACGAACAUUUUUGGAUCCAAUAUUUACAAGCAUCGCUUUGGUACGACAAUCGGAUCCAAAAUCAUAUCAUCCAUUGCCAAUCAUAACAAAUAGUGGCCGUCCAUUAUCCACCGUAUACAAAGAUGGUAUUAAAUAUAAUAAAGUUAAUAGUAAUGAAACAGUUGAAACAUAUAAAACAUCAAAUAAUGGUGAAGAUCAAUUAAGCCAAGAAGAACAAGUUACAGUCAUGAUUGGUUAAAAUUUACCUGAAAAUGAAUCAUCAUCGAAUAUAAUUGUGGUGUGUGUGUGUGAUGAAUUUCAUAAACUUUUCAAAUCAAAUUAACUAUUGACAAAAUGAUCAUAAUAACUAAGUCUUCAUUUAUCAUCGUACUAUCAACACCAAAAUA